CCAACAAGAUCAAGCGCAAAAAGUUCAUCUCAAAAAUUGCAUCAAUUAUUUAUCAGCAUCUUUCAUUUGAUCAUCAUUUAACAUUUGUUUAUUGUACGACAAUUCUUCAUAUCAUAUCUAUAAUAACCAUUAACAUUAUCCAUAACUAAAUUAAAUUGGUAGUGUUAACAUCAAAUUCAUUUUAUUCAUUAUCCCUUAAUAUAUUUCAUAUUUCAUAUUUCAUAUUUCAUAUUAUAUUAUUUUUCAUUUUCAUUAUUAUAGAUCUGAUUUGAAAAAUUUAAAAUGUCAAUGUAUUUCAACCUGUAUGACCAAGUUAUAAAUCUUAAGGUAAAAAUCACUACUUUACUAGAUCAAAAUAUAACUGGAUUGAUUUACACCUACUCUACGUCAAACAAUGUCCUCGUGCUUAAAAUAACUGAAAAUUCCCAUAAUAAAAAUUCCCAUAGUAAUAAUAAUAAUAAUAAUAAUAACGAAAAUACUACUAACGAUAAUAAUAAUAAUAAUAAUAAUAAUAAUAAGUCGUGCUAUAGAAUAAUAAACACAGCAUACAUAAAAAAAAUCCAAGUUGUUAGUUCCAUUAAAAAGAACGCUCAACAACUCGUUCAACAGCAUUUACAAAAUGACCCCUCUAAAAGAGAUCAAAUAAAAAUACAUCCUAUAGCUAUAAAUGAUCUUGAAAAUACCAUAAAGGAAGCUAUAUCUAAUCAUAAGAUAUCAGCUCAUAAAUCAUCUAAUCAAGUUUCUGGUAAUACAGCUAGUUCGAAUGUUUCUCCUAAUUCAGUAGCUCAUUCUACUUCUGGAUCUCCAACUAGAGAAAGACGUGCUUCAAAGACUUCUUCUAUCGCUACAAAAGUUUACAACAAAUUUGUAAAGAAAUAUGGUGAAGAAAAUGUUACAUGGUCUGGAGGAUCCCAUAACAUCAUUAUAUUCAAUGAAGUGAAAUUGACCAAACCAUAUACUUUAGGUAAUAAGAGUAUACAUAAGUUAAGUAAAUCGAAUUCAAAGCAUUUUGAAGAAAUUCAAGAUACAUUAAAAGAAUUCUGGUUAGAGGUCGAUAAUGAAAAGCGUGGUGGGUAAACUCAUAUAUAAUUAUAUAAUUUACAUU